AUGCUUGCAGUGGGCUCAGAGAAAGCCGAGGAUGUCUGCGCCGCCCUUGUUGAAGCGUUGCCGGCACGAGGAUUGCAACAGGUCCAGUGCGUCGCCUCAGACUGCGCCUCAGUUAAGCUGUACACAAAUGUUCGCCGCAUAUUGCCGAAUCUUCAAUGCAUGACGCUGGACCCAGUUCACUUACCGAUUGUCUAUGAGAACCUCGGCUUCUUUGAUAAAGAGUACGCGACUUGGCGAAAGAAGACCGCGGGAGCAGUCUGUCUGCGUAAGAUCAUGAGCAAAUUUAAUGCCGUGGAUUCCAGUCUGGCAGCACAGCGCUGGGGCAAUUUUUACCGGGGCUACAGCAGUGGCGGAAGUGGUGCAUUGAGCCACGUCGAGAGCGUGUGUCGAGAUUACAUCGAGACUAGCGCCAUGUCCAAGGUUAAAGCCCGGGACAUCGUAGACAAAUUGGACACCUCCAAGCCGUUCCUUUCGAGGUUUGAAUUCAUCGAAGCCGUGGCUGCACUGUCUGCGACAUUCCCCGAAGACAUGAACAGAAAGGUAACCGGUGCCAACAAGCGUGUGGCACAUAUCCUUUGGUGCGCCGCAGACCCGGAUCGAACUGCGUGGCUUUUCAACAAUAUCCGCCGCAGAGCGCUGGCUCUUCUACCAUCAGGAAUGUCCUCAAACGAAGCCCUUCACGCCGAGGUGAAGAAUUGGUUUUCGGAAACACAGCAGAUACACCAAAGCACCCUGCGCCUGAAGCUCAUCAUCUUAACCAUCGGCAAGCAGAUUCCACACUUCCUGGCUAUGUCAAAUCCAACCAUCAGCCAGUGUUCCAGCAGAAACCUUCUGGCACGGGCACUGGCAAACUCCCUUUGGACUGAUGCCUUGUGGCAGUUGUGGUGCAGCGACCUGAGCCAGGAGGUUCACGCGGCAAAGGCGAGCUUGUCCUACAACGAGUCGCGUAAGAUCGAAGAAUCCAAGUCUCGUGAGUGGAACAUGAAGCGGCCGGCUGCCAAGAAGAAAUCUCGCGUCAAGAGAACUGUGUUCAAACUCAAGAGGCGGUCCGGGCUGCGCACUCAGGGCGUUCGCAAGUGUAUAUAA